AUGGAGAGACCCUUCCAUUUGCUCUGGAAGAUGAACUCUCUUACCUGGCCAUUGCUGUUUAUCUGUUUGAUAUUGCUUCAGCUUCCCUCGGCUAUUGCCCAGGGACCUGGUGAGCCGGGAGGCACUUGCACAGAUUCAAUUCCAUGUUACCAAGGCUGCUGUAGCAAAGACUAUGCAUGUGGUUUUACCGACGCUCAUUGCGGGACUGGUUGCAGGAGUAACUGCAAUGCGACGGCAGAGUGCGGAGAGUUCGCUGCUCCAGGUAAUUCUGACUGUCCUAUUAAUGUCUGUUGCAGUUCAUUCGGAUACUGCGGUGUCACUUCUGAAUUCUGCGGCAACGGUUGCCAAAAAAACUCCAAUGGUGGGGGUUGCGGCGAACCAGAUCGCCCGAAAUGCUCCGAGAAUACUGAUGCCAUGUCCUAUGAUCGACGUAUUGGAUAUUAUGAGUUGUUCAACAUCCAUAAAGGAUGCAAUGUGAUUGAGCCAGAGAGUCUGAUCAUUGAGCCGUUUACUCAUAUCAACCUGGCCUUUGUCAACUUUGGUGACGAUUUCAAGUUGGAAGACGAGUACGGCGACGUUGUGGACCGGGUGUCGUUCUUGAAGUUUACCCACCCAGGGCUGCGGGUCAACAUCGCGGUUGGGGGGUGGACCUUUAGUGAUGCUCCGACGCAGCACCUUUGGACUCAGAUGACACGCUCAUACGAGAAUCGUCAGACCUUCAUCAACUCAGUGGUCAAAUACCUGAAGGAUUACCACCUUGACGGUAUUGACAUUGACUGGGAGUAUCCGUCCGCAUCGGAUCGGGGCGGAGAACCUCAAGACGCGGCGAAUUUUGUGACCCUUUUGGGUGAGCUGCGGGAGGCCUUCGAUCGCGAGAAUCCUGGCUGGGAGAUCUCGGCGACACUCCCAACGAGCUACUGGUACUUACGCGGAUUUGACCCUGCUGGCAUGGCUAAAUAUGUCGACUACUUCAAUCUCAUGAGCUACGACCUGCACGGAAUGUGGGACCAAGACAUCACAUGGACUGGUCCUUACCUCAAAGGCCAUACAAACAUCACUGAGAUCGACCUCGGUCUUGACCUUCUUUGGCGCAACGGCAUUGACCCAUCCAAGGUUGUCUUUGGCUUUGCAUUCUAUGGUCGCUCCUUUACCAUGGCAGACCCCAAUUGCUAUCAACCCAAUGGCAAAUGCGAAUUCUCGGACGGUGGAAUACCUGGAUCAUGCUCUGACACCUCGGGCAUCCUGACAUACGCCGAAGUCACGUCAAGGAACAACUCCCUUGAUGUCCAUACGUUCUAUGAUCCGGAGACAACGGUCAAAUAUAAUGUUUACGAGGGGACCCAGUGGAUCUCCUAUGACGAUGAGCAAUCCUUUUUCGACAAAAAGAAGUUCAUCUCCAGCCGAUGCCUGAGCGGGUGGAUGAUCUGGGCAAUCGACCAGGAUGAUGGCGAUUUUGACGCACUUGCCGGAGUUAUUGGCGAGGACCUCUCAGUCAUGCAGAUGGAGGGUGGUGGCUUAUCCGGGGAUGCUGCCAACGUCCUGGCCGACGCCUUUGCCGCCUAUACUGGCCAAAACUGCUUCGUCACACCGCGCUGCACUGACGGCUCCAGUGGGGAGAAGAACCCCGACCAGGUGUGCCCAUCAGGAUACAUGUCGGUCAGCACUGCACACAAUCCCCUGCAGGCGGGCAAUAAGGAGCUCCGUGGCGACUGCUCUGAGGGAUGGUAUCGGCACAUCUGCUGUCCCGAGGAUGCCAUGCCCAAGAACUGCGAAUGGAACGGGGCGCCCGAGCGAAGCGAGUUCGGCUGCGACGGCAAAUGCGGGAGCAACCAGUUCAAACUGAAUCAAGACACCGCGCUGGACGCCAAAGGUGAAGGGCAAUGCUUUAUUGGCGAACGCUACCUAUGCUGCGAUUCCGCAGCCAUGUUCUCCGAUUGCAGGUGGACCAAUUGCCAAGGGCCGCUGAUGCCUUCCACCCCAGGCGAAUGCCCGGCAGACAAUGAUGCCCUGACAUUCCGCUGGGAUAAGCCAGAUGGCAAGCCGUGGUGCUCCGAUACUUACGUAUCGUCUGUCGACGGCUCUGUUGGUAGCCCGCUGCACGACCGCUUCAAAAGCGAGCUCUGCUGUCCAUCAGAUCACAGUUUUAGCGUCAGUGGUUGCGCAUGGACCAACACCCUUUCCCAGGCUGACAUGACAGACGACGACUGGGCGGAACAUCUCACGGAUCUCGUCUGUAAACCGCGUCCCUGCUCACCUGGAAAGGUAAAGGUAGCUGGUGCGCUCGAUCCGCCACCGGCGACGGGCGCAGGAUCCAAGUCGGAGAUUAACUGCGCUGGAGUCACUAUCCCGCCUGGCAGUAAUCCUGAAUGGUCGUUCUGUUGUGAUCCACCGAGUCGAUACGACAAGAACUGGCCCGUUGAUCCCAAGUACCUAUGGGAAAAAUACUAUAACGACCCUAAGAAGUCGGAUGUCGUUUGGGAAUACAGCGAUGAGUACCAGAACAACAACAUGGAUAGCGAGCCCUCUACGGAGGAGGAUGGCAGCGACGCCUAUGGAUUUGUGAUGCUCGACGGACCCGAUGGAUCCAUCGACAACGACUUCGCGACGUCGCAUACCGUUGUACGUCGUUCCCGGGAAAUCCCCCGAGUCAAACGUUCCGUUUUAACAACGAACCAAACUCUCAUGGAUACCGUCUUCGACCACGCGGAGGAGACAUUCCAUUUUUACUGCGACUAUCCCGCAGGAUCCCACGAAUGCGAGCGUGUCUUCAUCGAUGGCGCCGAGGACACAAUCAUCCGGCUUCCAGACCAUGUCGGCGACGGCCCGUUUGCCCGAAUUGUCUCCAUGAAAACAGCCCACGACGAGUAUCAACUUCCGGAUCAUCAUUUGGAACAUCGGUCGCUCGAGCGCAACACGAACCCCGUCUAUGAGGUGAAGAUAGACUAUAAUUUCCAUCUGAUUAAGCUCAAGCGAGAUGAUGAGCCCGUGAACAUUCGCGUGGACUAUACGAAUCUGAUGGGAUACUGGGAUGAAAUGACCAACUCGCCAGCUAGCCGCGCGAAACGUGGCCUUGGAGAAGAGGGCCUCACCAAGGAUGAGUGGCGCUCCCGAGUUCAACGGGCCGUUGUACGCCACGGUAAUAUCGAGAAGCGUAGUGAGGCUAUUCAUGUGAAAACACCAAUGGAGUUCUCCGGCUCCCACCUCGACAAGCGGUGGUGGGGUGCGUUCAAAGCCUGGCUACAGAAACUGGCAUGUAUUCCCCUGACUACGGUAACCAAAUCCAGUUUGGGCGUGAUCGAACUGGGAUUCUCCAAGACCAUCAACUUGUUCCGGGCGCAAUGGGGAUGUCCCGGCCAGACAUUCUCAGCUAACCUCCGGAUGGAUUUGGAAGCUGACCUCGUGAUGGAUGCCACUUAUGCCUACUAUUUAUCCGCCACCUUCAUCCCCCCCGGCAAGCCCGAAACGUUUGCUUACUUCGGAAUGAAUCCAACUGCUUAUCUCGGACUCCACAUCGAGGGAAAUGCGCAGAUGCAGACAACAACCGACCGCAAGAAGAUCAUUGACACCCUUUCCUAUCCUGGACUGGCCGUGAAGGGAAUUGCGGCAGUCGGACCAACACUAGACAUUUAUGGCGAAAUCCGAGGCAAGGUAACUUUGCAUGGCGAGGCGACUGCCGGAGCACAACUGUCCUUCGGGAAGGCGGAGGUUUACUGGCCGCAGAAUGAUGAUGCAAAGGAUAAGUAUGAGACACUGCUAGGGCUCCAAAGUGACGUACAGGCGCCCGCUCCUGGUUCUGUUGAGCCAGUCUUUGAAGCAGGUGUGGCUCUGGACGCGCAACUCGACAUUAUCGUAACACCGGAGGCACAUGUUGGUAUCAAAAUCGGCGGCGGGAAACUCGUCGGCGGUGCUACCCUAAUGGACGCGCAGUUAACCGGCUACGUAAUGGGCGACUUAUCCUUCCAGGCUCACGGUGAUUAUGACACGACUGGUAACGAGUUCAACUACAGCUUCGGAGCGUACCUCUUCUACAAUCUCGGGUACAAGGCCACGGCCCAAAUUCUCAACUUCAUCGAUUGGGCACUAGCGCCUCGACUGGCAUACGACCCGCGUAAGACGUUCAAGCUGUACGAGAAGAAGGGUUCAAUCCCAAUGUCGUCAUCAGCUAAAUCAAAGCGCGAGGCCGCCAUCGAUGGCCCUUUGCACCGGAAUCUUGUCGAGGUCGGCUCGUUGACCAACGGCUCUAUCUCUACAUACCUUGAUUCCGCCUCGGGUUUGUCCAAACGUGGUGAUGAAAUGGAUAUCGAUGGCCCCAAUGCUCCAGAGUUUACGCAGAACCUCAAGUGCCCCCCGGGCACCAGUGGAGACGUUCGGCUGCCCGAAAUUCGAUUUAACUGUGACUUCCUCAACGACUUUAUUGAAGAAGGCAAAAAUGGCAAAAUGGAUGCUAUUACCGGUCUCUGUACGCCCGUGCUGAACAUCCCUGACAAUAAACGCCAGAAGCUAUUCACCUUCUCGAAUGACAAAUUAAGGAAGGAGGCACGAUAUAACGCACAAUGUAAAUCAGGGACCUGCACGCAGGCAACUACUGACUUGCGAGACCACCAGGGGAAUAAGAAGCUGGAGCUGCAGUGCGACGAGUUCCCCUGGAAAUCUUCCGAGCAAGGCGGCGACUAUCUCGCUAGUGACGCUCGCACAGGUACCUGCGUGGCAUCUUACCAGAAUAACUGGCAUGGGCAAUGUCUUCGGAUGAUAGGAUACAUGCAAUCAAACUGGGCCAAGCUUGAGCCUGAGAGGGAAGACGGAGACGACCGCGGCGACUUCUGGCAGGAUUGGAGAGAGGAUUCAUGGACAAAACCUGGGCAGCACGGAUCUAAAGGUUCGCAAUACGAGCAGAGACUGAAGGAAUACCCCGAAAAGCAGCCCCUGCCUGACGGAGUCACCACGCGAAACAACGAUAAAAUAUCCUGGGUGUUUAAACGGGACUACGAAGUAUCCUUCAUCCGUCAAGACCCAAGCACUAUCGAUGGUAGUACGUGGUGGGGAGCGACGAGUCACAAGUUCCAAAAGACGACCCACAGUGGCCCAUCAGGGAUGGAUGCCAUCUUUUGCGCGAUUAACCAUUUUGGCCAGGAUAACGUAUAUAAGUUGCCAAACGGCUAUAAUGGCCUUUGCCGAAGGAACAACGGUAGCCCCCUCACAGGUUGGAAUGUCGGCUUCAACAUGGCUAGGUGCGAGGUGAAGUUUGCGAACCCCAGUAGUAGUAACAAGCGAAGUAUCGGCACCUUUGCUGGGUGGGAAGUGGAAAGUGUGCGAAUGCUGGAUGAGGACGACCAUGAAUAG